GGCUUACACUCUUCAGCUCGCCUUGCUCUCCCCCCAAACGUGUUGUGACUGUACCAUUGAAACUUCUAAACGCUCAUUAUCCGGCGAGAUCAAAUUCAGUUGCUUGGUCUUUUUUUACGUUGGAGUAUUUUGUUUUGUUGUUUCUGUUUGUGCUUCUGUGGUGGCGUUUGGGGAUCCGCUGUGCUGAACUAGCUGCUGCUGUUGCCGCCGUUAGCUCUCGCUCGCUCAAUGAACGCUCAGUUGCUGGGAAACAGUUGUCGCGUUAAGUAAGACUUGAACGGUUGUCGUCGUCGAACAAACGUCCGAACAAAAACAAAAUCGUUGAUUUUUAGAAUUCAGUUGUGGCUUUGUGAAGAUUGUCGAAGAGUUGUUGUCGUUGUGGUAGUUACUUUUGCAUUGCAAGUUAAAAUAAAAGUGAAAAAAUUAAAACAAAACAUCAUUUAUUUCGAAAAAAAUUUAAAGCGCUAAAACCGGAGAUCUAAAAUUAAUUAUUGAUUCAAGCCACUUUGUGACAAAGAAGAAGAAGAAGUCGAAGAUAUACGGAAAAAAAAAAUUAAAAACAAAAAAAUCCCCUAAGGCCCUACUAAAUGGGUGCGUUUAGCGAUAGUAAACAAAAAACAACAUCACAAAAAUUAACAAAAAACAUUCAAGUGAUUUGCUGGCGGAUCAUUAAAGGCCAUUAGCCAUUAGUCAAGAACGUGAAGGUUACCCAGCCUACCGCGAACGAAUCCCCUUCCAUAGACGUGAAAAUUCGAAAAAAAAAACAAAAGAAAAAAGUGAAGUGUUUAAAAAGUCGAACAAACAAAGCGUUUGUGUCGUUGAUGCGUAACCCAGCAUGUCAUUCUUUCGUAAUUUACGCUCGUCCAUCACCCGUGGUCGGUCUUCGUCACGCGAUACCACUCCCGUUCGAUCAUCUCGCCCGGGCAGCGUUAUAAGCGGCUUAAGCAACAACAAACGACGAGACUCGGUGGAAUCUGGCACUGAUUCCGUUUUCAAUCGCAGCGGCACGUUCAUCUUGGACGACGAGCAGCAGAACGAAAACAAUGGCUUCCAUUCGAAUACCUCAACGCUGGAGAAGAAGUCCAAGAAAUCGAAAGUGUUGGAGAAGUUCAGCACAUUUACGAAACGCAAAAAGACCCCGACGCCGGAUAGUUCAGCCUUAGAUCACCAUCCGAGCGAUAAUGCCACCAACACGUACUACAAAUGGCAGGCAGAUGGCAGCAACAGCUUGGACUAUGACUCUCAAACGGAUCCGUUUAAUUUUCUGUACGAUCAGACAAGUUUGAAAUCGCUGCACAACGGAGGCUCCUCUUCGAAUGGCUCCACAGCAAUGCACUCAGCGGCCAAUGAACGCAAUAAUGCUCCAAGCUAUGGCAGCAAGGCGAAUAGUACCACAUUUGAUUCCUCAACCUAUCGCAAAGGAAAAAUGCCCUCCGAAUUGAAGAAGCAAUUGGAACAGUUGAAGCAAAGUCAACAUUUGCCCGAACACGAGGAUGAUGGCAAGGAUAAAGACGCUGAUGGCGAGGAUGAUGAUGACUAUCGCAAACGUAGCGGCUUUGAAAAUCUCAAUGAAGCGGAUAAAUACAAAACCGUAACGAUCAACAGUUUUCGCAAAUCAUUUCGGGACAAAUUCCUGCAGCAACAAAAGGAGGCACCCCACAAUCCGGCAUGGUUCGUAGAAGUGGAACCACCUGCGGAAGAUGCUCACAAAUCUCAACGGGACCACAGUCUAUCGAAAGAGAAUCGCACUGAUUUCUUGGUGUUUGAAAAUGACAACUAUCGGCCUGGUUCUCGCUCUCCAAUAAGGGAUUUAAGUUCGCGGCGUAAUCAACAACGUUCCACAACUCGAUCGCCUGUCAAACGCAACGAUACCUUCAAGGUUGAACGGUCAUACACUCCGAACAACGCAAUCAAGACUGAGCAAGACACCACCAACGCACCCUCAAUACGCAUUGAGUUCCGCAACUCCAUAACGCCACAUAUGCCGGGACGCAUGGUCCCAGUGGGUGUGGCCAAGCCAAUGCCAUCGCAAGCAACCUUAACACAAUACAACCGCUCGGAACCCAUUAUGAACACGUCGUAUACCAUCAAAACAUCGAAUACCCGUCUGAAUGGCUCGCCACAAAGAAAUUGGUCCAAACCGCUAUCACGUUCACCUUCAAGACCCACACUGAGUAGCAGCAUCAGUAACAAUCAGCCAACGACUGGUCGCUAUCAAACACUUGUACAAAUCAAGAGUGAUAAUAGCAGUAGCAGCAAGUUGCAACAGCCGGUGGCCUUAACCACACGGCCCAGUCGCCUAUCGACACGAAUACAGCUGGGAGGCACUGGCUCAGGAAUACCCACCAGCAAUUCAUCGCCAUCAUUUGCCAAGCGUUAUGUCAGCUCGUACAGUACCCAGGUGAACACCAAGGCCCAGCCUUUGAGGCAAACCUAUUUUGGAGAUAAUCAACACUACAACAACAACAUCAGCAACACUCAAAACUCUCCAUUGACCUCCAAUAGAACAACAUUGCAAUCGCCAUCAUAUGCCAGUAACAACAACAACAACAACGCUCGAAAUUAUGCUGGCCAGCGGAAUGCAACAACACCUGUUUAUCAUUCUAAAUAUCAAACGUCGUCGAAUGUGGCAACAACUAAUCGACCGGCAGCCCAAUCACGAUCAACAUCUUCCCAUGCCGCCGGUGGCGUUGGUAUUACCUCAUCGUCAUAUUCGAAACAACAGCAGCAGCAACAACAACAUCACCACCACCAAACACGUUUUGUGGUGCCUACACAGAGGCGUUCUCGUUCACCAAUUAAGAUACCCUGGCGGUAGGCGUAGACCCAGUCAGACAAUUCUCUCACACGCAUCGCGUCGCAACACAGCAGCAAACAGCCAAAGCUUAAAUGGUGUGGCACUCAAUCCAAACAAAAUUCUAAGCUUUAUUUCAUCCGGCAGGGUACAACCAAAUCAAAAUGCAGGGCGUAUUACUUUGCAUGUCAAACAUUCACGAACGAUUUCUUUGUGGCACAGUGGUUCGGGCAUAUAUAUGAGAAGUUUAUACAGCAUACAUUGGGUUUUUUGAAAUAGAUUUUUUUCGGAUCAUCCAACUUUCAAGUUUUUGCUGAGUGUAGUUUCUAUACAUACAUUUUUAGUUAAUAUAUCCCGCUUAAGUAAUUUCUUGAAAGUUGGAUGAUCCGGAAAAAUGGGUUAUUCCUCAAUAAAAUCUAAACAAAUAUAUAAAUUUUCUCAUUACCAAGUAAUGUGUAACGUCGGCAUAGAGUGUGAACGUCCGAUCACAAAACCAAUUGUUGAGAGUUCGAAACUCAGCGUCGGCAGUACAAGAAAAAGAAUAAUAAAAUACAAUGAGUUGUUGAUGUAGACGCACGACUUUAAACAAUCCCUGAUGUUCGUAACAGUGGCACAGUGGGGCUUUUAACUAUAAAUCAUAAGUUUCCGAGUUUAAUACCAUCAGCGAAAAAGUGAAUUCUAAAAAUUUAACAAAAAAUUUUAUUCUACCUUUUUUUCGACUUUUAGUGGCCAGUGAACUAACUACUAAUUUCGGAUUACAUGUCCUUGUUAAAAUAAUGGGUUAGUAAGUAGUGUUGUAAGUAGUUACUAUUGCCAAAAAUUGACCAUCUUUUAGAAUGGGGAAUUUUUUCUGGACAAAUACAUUUCUCUGUAAAUUGAUGUAAUCGUGAAUAGAUUUUACAAAGUUUCGAACACCAGAAGGUUGAGAAUAGUUCAGAAACAAAAAAAAAAUGAUUUUAUUGUUGAUCUUUUCAUAUGUAAUAGCAUCGCGUGUGUGAGAAUUGUCGAAUAUAUAGCCUUAAAAAUAAACAUGGACCAGUUUAGGUUAUCAAAAUUAGAUCGAGUUCGGAGAUGGGCACUAUCGGUCCUCCCUCACAAAAGACUGAAAUGUUACAAAAAAUAUUUUACUGCUCAAAAAAAAAAAAGAAAGAAUAAUCCGAUUUUGCCCCUACUUUGCAAAUCCUAAUAUUUGCUGCAGUGCGAGGUCAGGUGUGAAAAUUGACAAUAUUGAUCCACUACAUUACGUACCUCCCUCACAAGGUGUCAAAAUUUUGAAUAAUUAAAACUCUUAUAAAACGUGAUGUAAGAGUCCGAUUGUCUUCAAAUUACACACCUCGCAUUAUUUUUAUAAACCCAAGAUCUGGUGCGAAGAUAAGAUAUAUCGGUCCACUCCUUCUGCCUGCCUCGCCCUCAAAGGGCCAACAUUUUGAAUAUCCAAGAAGCUCAAUGUUUCUAUUAACACAAGGUCUGUUAUGAAGAUGGUAGAGAUCGAGCCAUUCCUUUUAGUACCUCCUCCAAAAGUGGUUCAAGAAUUUGAAAUACAAAACUCUCAUAAAACACGUAAUAAGCGUCCAACUUCCUUCAAAUUUCAAACAAACAAACAAACAUUUUUGCUAACACAAGAUCUUUUGUGAAGAUGAUAUAUAUCUGCGAAACCUUUCUGAUACCUCACCAACAAAGGGUCACAAUUUUCAAUAAUUUUUUCUGUCAUAACUUAAAUAUAUCUGAAUAUUUCUCUCAACCAGAAACCUGAGAUGAAUAUGAAAUUUAUCGGAUUUUAUGAUUUUGCAUAAAAUUGGAUAUGAAUUUUCGAUUUUCUUGUAAUUUUGCACAUACCAAUAUUUUUAUCUGUAUUAGAUAAAGUGUAAAAAUAGUCCACGGCUCACUAUAUCUGGUACCUUACUCACAUUUCAACAUUUUCUAAAAAUGAUCAGAUAUCUCAUAAAAAGUGAAGGAAGUAGUCGAUGUAGUCCAAACCUAGCAUGUCGCAAUAUUUAUAUCAUAUUUAUUUAGAUCCAAUACGAAAUGGACUAUAUUGGUCCAUUCCUUCGAAACCUACUCCAUAGAGGGUCACCAAUUUGAAUAAUCAUAAUAGAAGCCAAAAUAUUUUUAAAUAAUCGAACAGAGGAUCUGUCGGUAAAACCGAUUAAUACCUUUUAACUUGUUUUUGUACAAUUGUGUUGGAGAACACGCAGAUAUACCAUUGGACUCUCUUUGCUUGUCCUGGUGUAAACCAUGGUACAAUGAAGACAAGGUAGGCUAACUUUGAAAAAAUUGCAAGUAUAGAGGUCUACCUGUUUGGCUUGUAAUGUCAGAAUUACUAUCAAAACAAUAAAAAAGCAAACAACUUGUUGCAUUGAUUUUGAAUAAAUAAUUGAAAACCGCGAUAACUGAAUGAAAGGUCAAAAUUUCUUUUCAAAAUCAUGUUCUAUAUAUCUCUUAUGGUUUAUUUCGAGACAAAAACUGUAGAUUUUGUCGAUGCAUACGUUGCAAUAAGCAUUUUGAAAACACCCAAAUUUGAAUAUUUUCUGAACAAUUUUUUAUUAUUGAAUAAAUACACACACACAUAAACAAAUGAAGUUGACAUAUUAAGCCAGAAACAUAAAAAAAAUUAAAAUCAUAUGGUAGUUCUGCCCUACCUUGAAUUCAUUGUACCAUGGUGUAAACCGUAAGAUAAAUAUCUCAUAGUCUGUUUUUAAAAAUUACGCCGAUAUAAAGAUCCUUUUAUCAAAAAUUUGAAAUAUUAAUUCUGAUUUUGCGAAAACAUUUGGAGUAUUUAAAAGAAAUAUCCUUUUCUUUAAAAUUUUUACUCCCAAUAAUUAUUAUUCAUAUACCUACGGUACUGAAAAUAUCAAUAUUUUAAAAGUCUUGUACAGAAUGGGUGCUAUCAUCGAUAUUGUGCCAACUUUAUCGAACAAUCAAACUAAUGGACAGAAAUAGCGUUGGUGGUGUGUAUCUAUCAUAUUGUCAGCCUAGUUCGGCUAUAGCUCGGUUUGUUGGUGAAACACAUUUUAUGAAUGUUGAAUUUUUUUGAAUUUAACUUCUAUUACCACUUGUUGUCGACAAACUUCCGUUAUUUUCAACCAUUCAAAUCACUGUCGUUUAUUACGCCCAAUGUAAUGAUCAUUCAUGUAAUUUAUAUUUUCUGCUUGAAAGCUCAAAUAUUUGUAAGCCAACAACAAAGCCUAGGAAACAAAGUCAAUUGACUCUGGAUUAUGAAUCACCCACAAUUGUUAAUGUCUUUCGUGUUGUUUUUUUUUUUGUAACAACUACAACCAACGGGGAUUUUCCACACCAGCUUUAAUUCGAAUUGGGAGAGAAUUACAAAUAAAACCUAACAAUUAAAAUAACACCAUCAGAAAAAAACAAAACACAACAAACACUUGGUGAAGUACAUUAAACAAGUCAUUAAUGCAAAUGCACGAAAAGCCGCCAAUGGUUGGUUGGCUAAGUUAAUAAAAACAAAAGUGGCAAUUAACAUAUGGAUAAUAAGUUUAAAUGUACACAAACACAUGCAAAAACUCAUAUGUAUAAAUAAAAUCCCAUUAGAUUACAAAAAAAAAAUGGAAAAAAUUAGGCAAUUAACGAUUUAAAGCAAGAGCGUUAAGGGACUUCCUCCACAUGCGCACCUAAGAGAGACAUCUGCCAAACAAGAAUCAAAACUGAACUUAACAAGCUAAUCAAAUGAUUUAAGCCAUUGCUAGUUUGUCAUUGCCGCCAUGGCUAUGACCCAAUUCUUCGAACUUUGACUUCCUACCGAAGGGGGGUUAUUCAGAGAAUUCCAACUCAUCAUCAUUAUCUUCUAUUUUUAUUGUCGCCAAUUACAUUUUCGUCGCAGCUAUAUAACAAAACACAAAAACAAAACGAAAAA